GAGGAAGCCAAGCUAAAUUUCUCUCAGUUCUUCUAGUGGCCGGUUUGAGAAGGGCUGCCACAGGAGAAGUUUGUUUUUCUAAUUUUCGUUACUUUACCUCGCGCCUGCGCUUCCCGCAACCUGCUACAAAAUCAUUUUCGACGUGACGGCAGGCAUCGUUCGUCGACGAGAUGUAUUAUUGUACCCGAAUUAUUAAGGGCAAGAGGCUCGCCGUCUUCGCGGCGGAUAUUCAACAAAGAUGCUUCAGCGUGAGCCCGCUGAGCUUCGCCGCUCAAAAAGUGGCGAUGUCCAAAUUCGACUCGACCAGCUACCUUCCUUAUGAUAAAUUGGAAGAGAACCUCAAAAUUGUGAAGAAAAGAUUGAGCCGGCCACUGACUCUCUCCGAAAAAGUUUUAUAUUCUCAUCUCGACGAACCCAACAAGCAAGAAAUUGUCCGUGGCACGAGCUACCUUCGACUGAGACCUGACCGUGUGGCUAUGCAGGAUGCAACUGCUCAAAUGGCCAUGUUGCAAUUUAUCAGUUCAGGAUUGCCCAAAGUAGCAGUACCCUCCACGAUCCACUGUGACCACUUGAUAGAGGCACAAGUCGGUGGUGAGCAGGAUCUGAAGCGCGCCAAAGACAUCAACAAAGAAGUAUACAACUUUCUGAAGACCGCUGGUGCUAAAUAUGGCGUCGGUUUCUGGAACCCCGGAUCUGGUAUCAUCCAUCAGAUCAUCCUUGAAAACUAUGCCUUCCCUGGUUUGCUGAUGAUCGGUACCGACUCUCACACCCCCAAUGGUGGUGGUUUGGGAGGUCUUUGUAUCGGUGUGGGUGGUGCUGAUGCUGUUGACGUAAUGGCAAACAUCCCGUGGGAAUUGAAAUGCCCCAAAGUAAUCGGAGUCAAAUUGACUGGAAAACUGAAGGGUUGGACCAGCCCUAAGGACGUAAUCCUGAAGGUUGCUGGUAUCCUGACAGUGAAAGGUGGCACCGGAGCCAUCGUUGAAUACUUUGGCCCCGGUGUCGACAGCAUCAGCUGUACUGGUAUGGGGACCAUUUGCAACAUGGGUGCUGAGAUUGGUGCCACCACCUCCAUCUUCCCAUACAACUAUCGUAUGCAGGAUUACCUGAAGGCCACCGGUCGUAAGGAGGUCGCCGGAGCCGCGGAUCAGCAUAAAGAGAGUCUUUUGACUGCUGAUUCUGGAGCGAAAUACGAUCAAGUCAUCGAGCUGGAUCUUAGUACCUUGGAACCACACGUCAAUGGACCCUUCACGCCUGAUCUUGCUCAUCCCAUCUCAAAAUUGGGUGAUACUGCCAAGAAGAAUGGCUGGCCAAACGAGAUCAAGGUCGGUCUCAUUGGUUCCUGCACAAACAGCUCGUACGAGGACAUGGGUCGUUGCGCGAAUAUCGCGAAACAGGCUCUUGAUCAUGGAUUGAAAGCGAAAUCUGUAUUCGAUGUCACGCCAGGAUCCGAGCAAAUCCGUGCCACCAUUGAACGUGACGGAAUUGCAAAAACUCUUAGGGAGUUUGGAGGUACCGUUCUCGCUAAUGCUUGCGGACCAUGCAUCGGUCAAUGGGAUCGUAAAGAUGUCAAGAAGGGAGAGAAAAACACCAUCGUCACAUCGUACAAUCGUAAUUUCACGGGUCGUAACGACGCGAAUCCGGCUACACAUGCUUUCGUUACGAGCCCUGAACUCGUCACUGCCCUUUCGAUCGCUGGUAGAUUAGAUUUCAAUCCGGUGUCCGAUAAGCUCAAAGGAAAAGAUGGAAAGGAAUUCCUUCUGAACGAUCCCUUUGGCGAUGAACUGCCAAGCCGUGGAUUCGACCCUGGAAUGGAAACCUACGAUGCCCCUCCAUCUGAUGGUACCAAAGUCAAGGUUGACGUUAGCCCAUCAAGCGACAGAUUGCAACUUUUGGAACCGUUUGACAAAUGGGACGGUAAAGACCUCACCGACAUGACCAUUUUGAUCAAAGUGAAGGGCAAGUGUACCACCGAUCACAUCUCAGCCGCUGGUCCAUGGCUAAAAUACCGUGGCCAUUUGGACAAUAUCUCCAACAACAUGUUCAUUGGCGCUGUGAAUUCUGAGAAUGGUGAGAUGAACAAGGUGAAGAAUCAAUUAACGAACGAUUGGGGCAAGGUACCCGAUGUUGCCCGUCAUUACAAGAAGAACGGUGUGAGAUGGGUUGCCGUUGGUGACGAAAACUACGGAGAGGGUUCUUCUCGGGAGCACGCCGCCCUCGAACCACGACACCUUGGUGGAAGAGCUAUCAUUGUCAAGAGCUUCGCGCGUAUCCACGAGACUAACCUGAAGAAGCAGGGAUUAUUACCUCUAACCUUUGCUAACCCCAGUGAUUACGACAAGAUUCAGCCCACGGAUAAGAUCAGCCUUCUGGGAUUAAAGGAUCUAGCGCCUGGCAAACCUGUCAAAGCAGAGAUCAAGCACAAGGACGGCAAAGUGGACAGCAUUACCUUGAACCACACCCUGAACGAACAACAGAUAUCCUGGUUUAAAGCAGGAUCAGCUCUGAACCGUAUGAAGGAGAUCGCCAGCGGAAAGUAAACUCGCUCAAACAUUCAGAAAAAACUUCGAAAUACCGUCGUCGUUCGAGGGAGACGUGCAGAAUAUCUCGUAGCUAGUCGCAUGCAUACCAAUUUGCAAGAAUGCAAACGAAGAACGAUCGGUAUGAUUCAUUUUCCAGAACGUCGUGAGGAUGUCAUCGCUCACAAGACAACGUUUCAGAAAAAAGGAGAGAAUUUAAUUAAAAAGAGAACACGUCCAUCGAUAUGUACGACACUGACGCGUGUGUGUGUACAGUUUUUUUCGUGAUAAUAUCUGAACACACGUCUACCAUCAAAUUGUGAUGAACGGACGAUGAUCAAGUCGGGUAACAUUUCAUUAUCUAGUGAAAGAAGUUCAUAGUACACGUAUAAUAUUAGAUGAAACGAUCAAAUCGUAUCGUUUAGAGAAUAUUCCAACUCGUUUGGAAAAAUAUGAAAGAAAAAGUGAAACUGUCAUGUAUGAACAAGGGUAUGAAUGAAGCAAUCUGGACAUGACAAAUGUGUUCAUUUUAAAAUCGUGUACAGCCCGCCGAUGUCGCGUCGAGAUUGCUCCAUUCUGAUGUUACGAUUCAAAGGAAUCUUCUGUAUAUAUAAUUGUUCACGAUGUAGACUACAUCAUGGUUAUACAGUUUUCUAGAUACGACUGAAAUGUAAAUCGUCGCUGUUUUGCCAAGAUCAAAUAAAAGGGCGCACUGCGAAUAAAUAA